GGGCCGAGAUAGAAAACAGCUAUUCGUGACGUUUAUAUGGCGUACAGGAUGUAGCCAACGCAGGCCACAAAGACUGCAGUCGACAAGCUAUAGAGUCACGCGAGUCACACGACACUCAUCCACUCAGGGCGGCAUCACACUUCGAUAGGACGGUGUCUUCAUCUUUCUGGGUUUUUGCCUUAACAAAUGUCGGAGGGAGAAGAUUUGAGGUACAGUAAAAGUUUUCUGUUAACUUGAUUACCGUUUUCCUUUCUCUUUCUCAUAUUUGGAUCCAGGCUAAUGCCCAAGGCAUAGCGCGCGAGUUGCACGCGCUCUUUUGCUUAAAGCCUUAUCUUCUCAGGGUGAUAAAAUAAUUUAAGGUCUAUUUCAAUCAAUUUUUUAUAAAUCAUAUUGAGCAAAGAGUGCAUUUUAGGUAAACAACAGCUGUUUUAGUCAAGUCCCCGAUAUUUUUCUCCCUUUAAGAGAGCUUUAUGGCUAAUAAUGGGUGUAGCCAUAAAUACAAGUUUUACUGGUGUGAAAAAAAAAAAAAUCUAGGGUGGAGCUAAAGAGAAGCUUACGUGAUGUAUCAUGUUUUUCCUCUCUGGGAUUUCACUUUCAGUUUUUUUGUUUUUAGAUAGCAUUACAGAAAUAACGUAACAUUGUUUUGGAAAUAAUUUUCUCAUCUUGGAGAACAAAAUUAUGUUGGAAAUAUUUUAGAUACUAAUUUACAAGAAAUUGUUAUUUUUUCAAGUUUUCUGGGAAUGUAUUAUCCACUAUGUGUUGUACGUGAUAUGCAUCUUAUUAGGAUGUUGUCUUUCUGGCCCACCUUUGGUUGUAGAUUAUUUUCAUGUCCAAAAUUUGACAGCCCACAGCAUUAUUAAACAAGGACAGAAGAUUGUCAUGUCUUUUAACCCUUGAACCUCCUUCUCUCUCAAGAGUUAAAAGGGUAAUGCUUACUGUACGUAAAUGACACUACAUAUUUCUUGAAAUAAGAUAAGGUUGACCUGUUUGCUGCAAAUGGUUUUGUUAUCCUUCUGGUCUGUCUGAUUUGUUACCAACUAAGAACAUCACUUGCUUGUUCUAUCCCUCUGCGUUCCCAGUGGAGCGCUUGCUGCCAGAUGUGUACGUGUAGGGCUUGAGGAAUGUCUGGGCCAGUAGUCUGGGACAAGUAGAUGGGUUUGCUGGGCAAGUAACUGUAACUUUUAAAAGCUCUCCUGCCGAAUGGGCAUUAGGGUCCAGGGACGUCAUAUUCUAACAAAAUCAGUAACCAAGAUGAGCAAGAAAUGGUCCCUGGCUAGAAAAAUUGAAUUUGAGAGAUGCUUGCCCAAAGGACAAGCUGGAACCUGAGAAGCUCAAUCUCAACUUAUCCCUACCUCAUAAGAACGUCCCAUAAAGAGAUUUGUAACCAAAACCUUGUAGUGGAGACAAGUGGCUGUUGAACCGGUUUAUGAUAUUUUUUCUCUGAAGCAGUUUGAUUUUUUCUCUAACUGGUUUGACAAACAAGUUUUAUUUUUUGAAACUGGUGUGUCUUGUAUCAAAGAGUCUAAAUGACCAUCAGGUGGCAUGCAUAUCCUUGGGAUCAUGGGAAGAGAGAGCUGUGCCUUAGAAUGUAACUCCUUACACCAAAAUAACACUCACAUCCAAAUUCUCCAGACUGUUCUCCAUACAUUUUUUUUUAAAGAAUUAGUCGAGAGAGUUUUAUAAAAGAUCUACCGGUAACCAAUAUUUUCCUUUGGUAAUCAUAUAAUGAAUUCUCAUAACCUUCUCUGUUGAUAAUGUAUUGAUGUUGUUGGGAGAAAACUGAUGUUGGUCAUUCAGUUAGUACUUUAAAGGUUAAUGGUAUUCCUCCUUGACGGAAAGCUUAAGGCGCAGCUUUGACCCUCUCACCAAUCUACAGAAAGAAAGAUUUAAACUGAUUGUACAGUUACUCUGUACCUGUAAUGUUUUGGGGUGCUUUUGACAGCUGUCCUGCAUAACUAGUUUCUAAAGUUUAUCUCUCUGUUGUUUGUUUAUUUGAAUUAUGAUGCUCAGGAGAUACAGUAAAUUUUUUCUUAUGAAGAAGUUAUUUCUUCACUAACAAUACAAUUUAUACAUGUGUAUUAUACAUGUCGUCAGCAAUAUGGUGAAUAAUAAUAAAAAAUUGUCACUGUAACAGAGUGAGAGUAUCAUUCAUUCAACAUUUUUUUUGUCAUAAGUAAUCUGUUAUUUAUAUUUUCUGCCUUCCACCAGUUCUACCCUUUUAUAUCAGUGUUCCCUUCUCUGUUCUAAACAGUUUGAAAAAAUUUUUUUUAUGUUAUCUUAGUUUCCUUCUGUAGGACGUACCCUGUAAAUAAUAGACCAUUUUCGACAUAUCAAACUUCAUACUUGGCUCCAAGGCUUGGGGGAAUAAAACAAAAGAAAUGUAUUAUUCAUUACGGAGCCUCAAGAUGAUUUCUUUUAUUUCCCCAAGCCUCACAGCCAAGUGUGAAUUUUAAUAUUAUAUCGGAAUUGGUCUGUAACAGAGCACAGUAACAUACAGUGUAUAUCUACCAUAUGUACAGUCACCCAUCUCUCCCCAAUGGCCACUUUGAUUUGUUUGUCCCAUUAGCCAGUGGACACCACUUUCUUCUGUACUUAAUCAGGCAUCAUGGAGAGGCUGAGCUGUACAAUGUUGUUGUUGUUGUUAUUUUUUUUUCGGGGGGGGGGGGCGGAACUGGUCUUUUUUCACAUGUACUAUAAUUAUUUUUAUUCCUUUAGGCUCCCUUGUCCUGUGGUUCCAGUAUCUGAUCCAGAGGAAGAAGGAUUUGAUUGCUACAUUCUUGUGUGUGAAAAUCUGGAAUGGGACAAUUCCACAUGGAAUUUUCUGAAGAAGAAGUUACGGAAAACUGCUGAGGUAUAUAUUGCGGUUAAAAACUACAAAUUUUUAAAAUUAAACCUGGUUGCUGCAGUGUGAUAGUAGUAGCUUUCCCUAUCCGAGUAUAAGUUCUUUAUGAAUAAAAGUGUAGGGACUUAAUAAGAGGAAGGUGUCAGGUUUACAAUGUACACUGUGAGUGAUAGAGCUUUGCAGAAAGUUUUGUUAUUUUUAUCGUGUUUUAUUGGGGUUUCUGCAAGACUAAGAUUAGUAGUUUGCAGUUUUCUUAAACAAAAAGCCCCACUACUUCAUCAAAACUUACUGGAAGUGUGUGCAUUUUUUAGUACUUUUCUAAAUCCAGUGCUGUAAGCUAUAAUUAUGUACAUGUAUAUACAUUGCAGUGCUGGUAGCCUUUUCACCUGCUUACAACUUGGUACCACUUAUGUCUUUGCAGGUUGACAAAGCUGUUUAUAAUGAAACUUUGCUGUUUCCACUCCGCAAGAAGAAUAAAAGCUUGGUGAGUAUAGUUACUUUGUAUUACACUAUACUCAGAAUAGACCUUUGAAGGAUUAUUGUUUUUAUUAAGAUAAAAGUUUUAAAAACAAAAUCAAUGAAAAUGAAUACAGACAUUUAAACUAGGUUGAUUCUCAAUGUCCUUUGUCUCCUAGGCCUAAUUAUUCAUGAUUUAUUGCUCAGGGACAAAAGAAAAUGUAGAAUCAACCUUGGUUAACAAGGUUCUAGCAAGCCUUUACAAACUAGGGGUACACAAAGAGUUUGGGUAGCUCAUUCUGUUUGAAAAGCAGAUGGUUUUGUUUUGGGUCCAGGGGACCCAUUGGACUGGUCUCUGUAUCUAAAAACCAGUUAAACUCAUCACCAAUAGAUGAGCUUGGGUGCUGGUGCCUACAAAGUUGGUGGAGCCGGGCAAUACUCUAGCAUGAGGAGGAGGUAUCCAUUGCAACCCUGCUAGCGUCCCCCACCAGGCACCAUCAAACUGAACAAUUCAGUGCAAUACUUACCAACCAAUACUUACCUGGCCCUUACCUCAAGUCAAGAGGGAGAGAGGGAGGGAUGGGAAAAACCAAAGCACAAAAUGGCACGCAAACAGCAAGCUAUUACAACAACACUUUAUGAAGAACUGCAAGCAAGCAACUGCAUAUAUAAGUCAUGAGGUGCCCCCGCUAAAGGCAUUGGGCCACAUCCAGUAUACCUGGAAAAACUGGAGGUCUACCAGCAUUGCUUCAAGGUUUAAUAACUAAAGUUUGCCUAAAUUACAUUUAGCCACAUAAAAUGUCUUACCCAGCUACAGAGACAUCAUAUUUUUCAAUGCUCUGGGAGGUGAACUUUUAUGUUAAACUUUUAUGCGUGCAUGUUUCGACUUUUUGGGGCAAAAAACUUGGCGGGGGGGCGGGGGGAGGGCACCUGGCCCCUCCCCAUGCUACGGCCCUGGUUAAAAUAUUUCAUCCUGAAUUUUAUUUUGACCUGUAACACAUAUAGUCAUGUUUAUACUGGUAAUAGACCCCUUUGGGUUGUGUUUUCUUUUGUUUUUCUGAUCUUGAAUAUCUGCCCUUUUUUUUAUAAAAUUUGUGAUAUUUUUACAUACAUACACAUGCAUUUGUAUGUGUAAGUAAAAAUUUGAAAGAAUCAGUAAUUAUUACGGUAUGCUCCACCUUAGGUCCAUGCACCUACAGGACCUGUGAACAGAGAUUAUGAUGAUGUUAGACGUUACUACGACGCAGCUGUGAAUGGAAUCAAACGGUGAGUAUUUUUUUAAAAAUUUUUCCUCCAGUGUGUUAUCUCUAAAUGAUUGCAUUGCCAACUGUAAAGUUUUAAUGUGCCUUUCUCUACUAAGUUUCAAAAAUUUUGUGAGAAAUAUACAAAUGGAUCAGAGAAAAAUUGAUUCACUUGGACUAUAACUUGGUUCAUCAUGCAAUAAUUAAGUUACAGGGACCAGCAGGUGAGUCAAAGAGCAUAUUUAUAGCCCUGAUAGUAAAAGCCACCUUUUUCAUUCAAGUGUCAUGGGAGUGUGAUAUUAUUUAGUGCUAGAGACGAUGUCAGUGAAAUUUAAGAUAUUUUUUGUUGUUGUUGGUGUUCAAUAAAUAUGUCUCAAUAAUUAUCUCAGCCUGGAAUUUUUUCAGACAACUUUGUUUUCAGUGUGUGAAGUAAGACAUACGGUUUACAUUUGUAUAGAGUAAAUUUAAAUGUUUUCCACCAUAUUACUUUAAAAUAUAUAAGUAAUUUUUUAUGAUCAAAGCCUCAUAUCUUUCAGGUUUCUCUUUUAACUGUUGACUUUAUCAUCCAGCAAAAUGCUUAUGAAGCCUCCUAAGUUUUCUUUUUGUAAAAUAAAUUAAUGAUUGGAGCAUUACUUACAGGGCUUUGAAGGCUGGUAGUGAGUCUCCCAUUCUGGUGACUAUACCUGGUGAAACAUUCAGCAAUGCAUGGUCUGUGUCAUUGCUUGGAGCUCUUCAUCAACUCUAUGUGGUGAGUUUACAAGGUGCAUUCAUUCCACAAGGAUAUUCUCCUUAUUGCCACAUCUAACUGCCGCCUUGUCAGCUGUCGGUUCUUAGCCAUAUUCUGCCAAGCAGAGGUUCACGGAUUCAGCCUCCGCUGAAGCACUGCGACCUUGUCCUGUUUAGCCCUCUUAAGAAAAGAAUUGUUUGAAGGGAGGGCUGUGCUCUAACAAAGCCUGGUUGCCCCUGGUGCCUUACUUUUGCUCUUGGGCAACUUUUUGGUAGAAAUCCCAUGCUGGUUACCCUGAAUUUCACAGGUUCAGACCUCCGGUCUCUCUUCAAUUUUUUCCAAGAGCACAGCCUUGUAGCUGUUUGAAUAGAGCAGUGGAACCAGGGUGUGGUUUAUCUUCUAUCUGUACUAGGGUGUUCAGUGUAGGCAACACUUACAUUAUAAUCGAGCCUGGCAGCUUUGUUGUGUCGGCAUUACUUUCUAUUGAAUUUAAAGGAACAGUAUCCCGUUACUGCGCAUGCACCAAACUAUGAUUUUUGGACAGGAUGUCCCGAAAUCAAAAGAUGUGUGGAGAGUAAGAGAACCUUGAAAAAUCCGUUUGCAUCGCGCUUGGUCAAGUUCAAUACUACACUAAAACUUCUCAGGAUUACAGAUCAAUGAUAUAUUGUUCCUGUUAAAUUUCGAUUUGGGCCAAAUCUGGAUUUUUUGGCGUUACUUUUAUUGCCGUUGGCCGGAGGACCAAAAGAUGAGAAGCGCUUUAAUGCCGAUUGAAGGCUUAUUUCUUCUGCUAGCUUCCAUGCAAGCUCAGAUAAUUGUGAAAGGAAUACGCAGAAAUGAAACAGCAACAAUAAAGACUGUAAGAAAGACUCUUUCUCUUUGUGACUGAUCAUGAGGAGAUCUUGUGGAGGGGAGCUUCGUGAAGCAGCAUGUUUUGCAACGACGCGUUAGUAAACUUUUAAAUGAAUCUCCCUACGGCCGACAAAUUCAAACAAACAGGCCUUACAUGUUUAGAAAAACUAGUUCCAUGAAAUCAUAAUAUAAUUUUUGACUAACGUUUGCGGUUGAUUCAUAGCGUUGAGAUUGCAUUUUUAUUUGUGUCUUUCCAACGUUUGAGGCUAGAACGCGAGCAAAUCAGGCAGAUAUUACUGCACUUGGAACAAUUGACCUCUGACACGAGUUUCAUAUUAGAAAAUCUGUUUUUAAAGCGAGCGGAAAGAGAUUUUCGGGUCACGAGGCGGCCCUGCUAGCGAUAAAAUGGCGAUGAGUCUUCGUGCCGCGAGCCAAAUUUUAAAUAAGACGAAAGAUUUCUUCGAAAGUUUGAAAUAUUGCCUGAGAAUAUAAACAACAAAUCUCCGUCGGCGGUGCGGUCCGGAAGGAAAUCUUGUCGAGUCAAUUUGACAGGUCUAUUGUCUUUUUGAAGAAAAAACAGAUGACGCUCGCGCGUGCGCAUAAUCGGGACACUGUCCCUUUAAGAACGUGUUCUAAAUCUAACUUUGUACAAUGUAAAUAUUUCUUAUUAGCCCUUAGAGUUGAGAGAAGCCCGUCCUGAUAAGAAGCAGAAAGCGAAACAGCUUGGAGUGGUUGUUCUUAAUGAUGUGAGUUGCUAGACAUAUACCUCUUGUCAAGAUUGAGAUGUUUUAAGUUAAAAACUGAUUUUGAUUAUUUUGUGGGUAUAACCACAUGCACUUUUUCUUAGAGUUGCAACUUGGAGUAUGUCAAAGCCAUUGAUUCUGGAAGGUAGGAGACAUGUUUUGUUGUUGUUGUUGUUGUUGUUGAGUGGUGUGAAAUUUUAAUGAGCUACAAUUAUUUUUUGGGGGGGGGGUGUAGCAGAAUUUAGUUAUUUAUGUUGCUUGAGAAUAUGUGUAAAAAGCUUUGCACAAACAAGAAUUUUUUUUUGCACAUAUUAACAUGUAUUUCUUUAAAAUUUAGGUAUGUCUGUCGAGACAUAGGAGGAUCAGACCCGGAAAGAAUGGCAGCUCCUCGUGUUGAAGAAUAUCUAAGAGAAUUAUUUAAAGAUCCUAAAAGUCCUGUGAAGGUUUGCAUUUUUUAUAUUAUAGUAACUUAUUUGUAAAAUGGAACAAUUAAUUCUUUUUUGUCAGUAAUGUUGAAAUUUUUGGUUAUUAUUAUAAAUCUAACAAUUCUCCUGUCCCCAGUGGUGAUGCUAUUGAUAAUGUUGAUAUCAAGCGAGUGAGUCUUCCCAUUGUUAUGUAUCAACCCUUUAAGCUCCAGUAUAUCCACAUAUAUGAAUUCCCCAGACUGUUCUUCUUACAUUUCCUUCAAUAUAUUUGGUUAUUAAUUUAAUAAGGGAUUUGAUUAAAGAUAAAAGCAUCUCCCUUUGGUGACCGUUUUGUGAAUUCUCAUAUUAACCAGUUUACUUGAUGAUGUAUUGAUAAUUAUUGUUAGCAGAAAAGUGAUGUUAGUCACUCUUGAAACUUUCAGGGUAAAGUGCAAAUUUUCAUGUCUAUUGAGAAUUAGAAUGAUUUUGAAGGUUCAUUUUAUAAAGGCCUGAUUAUUAAGACAAAUUUUCUGUCAUCACCUGCAACACUUAUAAUAAUGUGGAUGGUUUGUUGAGAGUUCACAAUUUUUGUCCUGGACAGAACAAUCUUAAAUUAGGUGCCGCAGACAAAAUUUGCCUACACUUAUGUCCAGGACUGUCAACUCUGCAAUGAAAUUUACAAAAUUAAUGAUUUUUUGCGAUGGCCUUGCAAAAACUGCAAAAUUUGCAACCGGACAAAAUCAACUAAAUAAACAAAAAUGUGUUUUUUUCGUCAAUCAUUUGUUGUAAAUCCAUUAUUCUUUCCAUAACAAAUGCGAGUGUUGUCAGAUGUACAUGUAAUGGCCUGAUAAGAGACCGUAGCUUUCAUGAGUAGGGAUAAUUAAUUUUGUUCAAGACAAAAAUUGUCACCAUACAAUUUUUGGUUAGAAGUUUCAAAGAUAUAAAUUCUGAUUUUGUCUGCUAGUGUGGAAUUGCCCUUACUUUAGACUUUCUCAAAGUCCUUCACUUCUCAUUUCCGCUUCCGGUAGUUGGCCCCAGCAUGAAAGACUUUUAUCUCCUGCAGCACGCCAAAUUUACAGGAGGAAUUUUUCUCCUGUAGGUUUUAUCCAAUCACGAACGGUUUUACUGAUGCGCCUUCAAUCAAACCCGAUCACGCUAUAUGAAACGUGACUUGAACUGUGUUGAUCCAAAUUCAGUUGAUCUGUGUUUUUUUUUUUUUUGCGGGCUGCAUUUUGAUUUCGUUUUAUCGCCUGUAUUCAAAUAGUUCGCUCCAAAAUGACGUCACUUGAUGAGAUUUUUUGUAGUGGAAACAAGUCGCGCUCCCGCUCUCUGGCUUAUAUUUUGCUGCAGAAAACAAAAAUAUCUACCGCUCGCGCUUCAUGCUCAUGAAAAAAUUUGAGCUCGACUUGUAGGCAAGUCUACCCUUACUUCAGCUCUACCUGCUAGUGGAAUUAAGCCCAUGAAAAAAAACAACAACAAAUAACAAAAAAAACCACACGCCUUCCUUUUUUUUCCCACUUUAAGAACAUUGUUUUGUGGAUAAUGUACAUGAAAAUAUUAGUGUUAGUAGUAGGACGAUGUAAGUGCAUGCACUUAUAUAUUUUAUUAGUGCACAUGUUAUUAAUAUUGUUUGCAACUUUUAUUUUGUUUAAAGUUUAUUAAUAUUUUUAAACAGACAAAAGUUUAAUACUUUACCUUUUUUGUAUUUCUUCAGUUACAUAUUAAGUGAUUUGUUUAUUCUUAUACAUGGUUAUAAAAACCAGAGCAUCCUUCUUAAAAAUAAACAAAUGUCACAAGUUAAAAUGCUGUUUAUUACUUUACAAUGGGUUCACAGGUUACAGUAAUCAAAGAUGUUAAAGAGUUUGAAACAAAGUAUCCACUUUAUGCAGCAGUCAACAGGUGUUCAAGAGGUAAAACGUAAAAUGUCAUUCCAGCCUGCAGUUGUUAUACCUUUUUCUGACCCAGGGAGUGAUUUAUUUGGUUUAUUUAAUUACAAUUAGUUAUUUCUCCCUAUGUGUUCUCCAUCAUUUUUUUUAGGAAGAGUGAGUGUAAUAAACUACUGGUAAGGUUUCAGGUUUUGUGAGAGAUGUUUUGUAUUUGUAUUUGUAUUUUAUUUUUUUUUACUCCAUCCUAUAAUACAUUAGUUGUACAAUAAUACAAUAGUUGUACAAUAUUAAUAAUACAUUAGUUGUACAAUAUCAAUUGGUACAAAGUUGCUUAAACUACGUGUAAAUAACGUGAGAGAUGUUCCAUAAAUUAAAAGCAAUAUCACAAUAAAUGUUUAUAUUAUUAUUUAUUAUAUAGACACGAGUGUUUUACCGGAAAAUAUACCACUCGUAAAAUUCAUAAAAACUACAUCCGUGACCUGAGUGGUUUAUUUUCCAUAAUCUCACACGUGAGUUUAUCGAUGACGUAAUUUUGGUAAUUUCCCUCUAUUAUUUUAUCGAUGUCAUUUUGUCUAUGUAAUAAAAAGAACAUUACACAGCGGCUUGAAGAUAUGAAUUUUAUUAAAUCUCGUGGCAAAAACAAUGUUUUACUCACUCGCUGCGCUCGUUGGUAAAAUAUUGUUUUGCCACUCGAAAAUAAAAUUCAUAUCUUCACGCCACGAUAUAAUAUCCUCUAUAUAUUAUUAUUAUCACAUUUUUUUGUUUAUCUAUGGCCUCUCUUAUGUGAUUUGCAUGUGCCAUCAUGGUUCAUAAACUGAAAGACAAAUAACUUGUUAAUUAGCUUCCAUGUUUAUGUGUUAUUAAGCUAUUGAUAGGCAUGCUGGCAGAAUAAUUGAUCUGGAAUAUGUACCAGAGGGACCCAUUGAAGAAACUGUCCUUCUAGUAGGGAAGGUAUGUGGAUUUAAUUAGCCAGGGCUGUAACAAAACAUACAAUGCACUGUGAAAUACUUUCUUUUUGGACUUAAAUUCAAUGAUAUUUUAAAAUUAACAACACCUUACAAUUUUAUAGUAUGGUUAGUAAUGGCAAAUCAAACCGUAUUUAUUCGAAUAAGCGCCCAACCUCGAAUUAGCACCCACCUCAAAUAAACCCCACCCCCACCCCACUCCCUCCUACACAAACUCAAAUAAGAGAUAACAAGAGACCCUCCCAAAGAUGGAAUUUUUGUCAGUGUAUUUUACAGAAACCUUGCUUUGUUACAUCUUUGCUUGUUGUUAUUACCAUUUAUUGUUUUGUUGCAAAAUAAACACACUUAUACUUGCUGAGAAUGAGGAAAAUUUAAUAAGCGCCCAGCCUCGAAUAAGCACCCACCUGGAAUAAACGCCCAUUCUCAAGGUCCAAAAAUUUAGUAAGCGCUCAGGGCAGUUAAUCAAAUAAUGGGUAGUAUAUACUUGGCUAUAACUGAUGUCUUUCCUUGGGGCAACCCCAUCAAGGGUUCUUUCGUCUGCGUUACCCAGGUUGUUAUACAGUAGUUUACAAGAAGUAAGAUAAAGCUCUUACCUCAUCAAGAUUUUAACCCAAAAUCAGUUGAACAAGAUUUACUUUGUAAAGAAAUACCGUAUGAAAUAUUGUGAAGUCUUCCUCUAAAUGACUUUGUGUCGCAGGGAGUAUUUAAUAAUACACUACAUUAGCUUUGCCCUUCAUAGAAUUACAGUAGAAGCUCUCGUAAGCAGAAACCAUCAGGACAUAAAGAAGGUGUCCAUAACUGGAGCUGGCCACUUACGGGAAUGUAAAAAUACAGAGUUAGUAUGGGAGUUGAGAAAAACAGGGUUUUGAGAAGGUAGCCGUAAGUAAACCAAGCUUCCCCACUUUAUACUAGAAUGUCUGUUUGGAGAGUUUCCACUACAUAUUGUCCAAUUUAUCAUCCCAGGGUGUUACUUAUGAUACUGGAGGAGCUGAUGUCAAGGCAGGUGGACAUAUGGCUGGAAUGAGCAGGUACAGUAUCAUAUUGAUAAAUUAUACAUCUAUAAUAUUAUUAUCAUUCUGUGUCAUUUCAUGUCCUCCAUUUGUUACUAGUGAGCUGCAAUGAUGUAACUUCCUACAAAUGCAAUAUACGGCCGAUUAUAGGUUGCAAAAAUUUAAUAUUUAAGUCAGAUCAAAAUGUUUUGCACCUCUUUUCACCCAUACAUGAAUGGAACUGUGACACCAAAAUAUUCCCAACCUUUUAUUAUUUAUACACUGGAUUCAUAUGGGUCAUGGAAAACCUGGAAAGUUUAUAUGUAAUUUACAAAUUUCAUUUUCCGCAGGCCUGGAAAGUCAUGAAAUUUAAUUUUUGGUCAUGGAAAGUCAUGGAAAAUUUAACUUCUGUUUAAGUCCACUGCAGAUGUCACAGCAUGGAGAACUGUGUUAGUGACAAGUAAUUGAAUAGCGUUAAUGGCAUGCAUUUUGGUGGACACCAACAAUUUUGUGUCCGUUGAACUGAGUUACGUGAAAAAGAAUCACCAAAAACAAGGAUACGUUUGAAAAUUUGGAAAGUGGCAGCUCAACCUAAGUUCAUAGAAAACUGGAAAAAUUCAUGGAAAAAGUCAUGGAAAUUCAUGGAAUUUAAAGAACCCGAAAGAGUAUGAACCCUUCUUAACAACUUAUUACCUUUUAAGGGUUAAUGUGCAGAUCUUGAGUAAAGAAAUUCAAAAGCAGUUACUUCAAAAAUUAUUUUGAUGUGGAAUAUUAAUUUAUGUGGAUAUUUGGGAAGAGUUUUGUGGUUCACCUGUGUUUCAAUGUGUCAUUGCAGCCUUAUUAAAUUAUACAAAGACACAUCAUUGUCAUUAUACAUGCUUUUAUGCUGCCAUUUGAACGAAAACACACUUACAACACUGCAAGGGACUUUGAAAGAAAUUAUGUCAACUUGGGAUUGACUGAAUAAUACAGGUGUAGUUGGAUUAAGGACGUUCGCGCUAAUUGUUUCUGCGCAUCCCUGCAGCGCACAUAAUUCAUAGCGCAAUAUCACGCCACGUCGUGCAUCGAGCGCGUGCGCUGAGAAAACUGUCUAAGCACAUAUAGGGCUGGUAGCCGUUGCAUUAACUUCGCUUGCAAUUUACUUUCUUAAAUGGUCGGUGACACCCCAUUUUUUUCGGUAGACCACUUUCUCUUCCACUUUCCGAUAGAUCGUGAAAAAAUGAACAAAAAAUCAAUGUGGGAAGGUAAAAAAUUUCCAAUUUUUCUGUGUACGCGGCGUCGAAUUUUGGCAUUUGUGCGGCUGUUAGGAGAGUAGAAAUGUGUCUGCUAAAUGAUAAAAUCAACUCUGAGGAAGUUUUUAGUUCACCGAAUUUUGUUUAUGGAUCCACAAGAACAAUAAUUGGUGGAUAAAAUUUCAAUUCAGGGAUUUAUUUAUAAAAUUUUUGCACAAACAGGCACUUUAUCCGUAUGCAGUAACGAAGCCCGAUUUCUCAGAUUUUGGGUGAUAUUUUGAAGAUCAUAUCUCCGAAACGAAUUUGGUGACCCCCCAUUUUUUUUACAUUUUUGACAUGAGUAACCCAUAAUCUCAAACUGGUGAAAGUUUCAGAAAAAAAUCAAUGUUAGAAGAUUUUCGCACGAACGUCCUUAAGACAAUCCGCUAGAAGGGUAGGUGUUUAAAGCCUGGUCAAAAAACCUGAUUUAUUUUUGUUUUCAAGGGAUAAAUGUGGUGCUGCUGCUGUGGCUGGGUUCUUUCAGGUAUACGUUUAUGUUUGCACACCAGUGUAUUCAUUUUUAAAAAUCUUUCAAUUAUACUGGUUUCACUGUUAAUUUGAACCUCCAUAAAGCGGCCAGUAAUCCCAAAAUAGAAAAGAAUGGGAACUUAAACUAAGCAGCCACAGCCACCUUUUGGCUGUCCCAAUGAGAGUUCUCCUGUUGUUAUCACCUCUAUUAAACGGCUGUCUAGCGCUUGAUACAUGUACAGUGUAGUUUGGCGUUAUUUCAAGAAUAUAAUGAUGAAAGAAAAUUAAUACAGUCCGAGUUAGAGGGUGACGACCCAUUGUACAUGUGGACCAUUAUUAUGUUGCUCCUGCCGCGUGUUUGUUUUGAAAAUAAAGCUCCUGCCGCGUGUUUGUUUUGAAAAUAAAGAGAUGUUUCUGCUGAAGAUUAUGUUUAUGUUAGCUAAUUUAUGACGAAGCUUCUUUGAGUGGCCAACCUCUAUAAAGCAGUCUCUUGCCAGUACAUUGAGGGUGGCCGCUUUAUGGAGGUUCAGCUGUAUUAAUAGCAUUGAUACAAAUAGUUAGUGCUUUUUUAGUUAUUAAGAGCUGGAAAAUUGAACAAUCUUUCUUCAUUAGCCCCCAACUUAGUUCACGGAAUUGUUAAAUCUAUUAAUAAAAUGAAGCGUGCAUAACUUAUGAUUAAAAAAAUUAAACCAAUUGAAUCAAACAAUUUGGGCCAGCUGUGAAAAUAUAGAUUAUAAUCACUUGUAAUGUCUAUACUGACAACUGUCGACCGGUAUGAAGUUGUCCAUGAUCAAAGAGCAACAUAAUAAUUACAGAGAGAAUAAAAAAUUUUAUUAAGAAAAAGUAAAUGUAACAACGUUUUGUUCAAGAAAGUUCAUUAUUAAUGUAGUUAGUGUAAGAAAAAUGUAUGCUAGCUAACAGUCUAGUUUUUGCCGUCGAUAGUAGUCAUAUUCUUCUGUUGUAUUAUUACCAUGCAGACUCUAGCCAAACUUAAGCCAAAAGGAAUUAAAGUCCUAGGGACAAUGGCCAUGGUGCGCAACAGUGUAGGAGCAGGUAAAAUGUACUAAACUAUAUGGGUUCGCAGAGGGAGGCAAUCGUUCUCCUAGAAUCAUACAUGCUAAUCUGUCAUAGCUAAAUAAGAGGCUUGAGUUAGUCUGAAAAUAGCAGCUAAACAUUAAGUUUUAUGAUUGACAAUAUCAUUGUAGUAAAUAAUUAAACUUAAAGAAAAGAUUCAAAUUAACAUAAUAAUAAAAUAUUAUAUAACAAUGUAGGAAUGUCUGAUCAGAGUUCUCUAGCCUAAUUAGAGUUUAAAUAUUGAGUUCAUGAUACCCAGUCCUCAUUCUUUUGUAGAGGGUUAUGUUGCUGAUGAGAUCAUCACAUCUGCUGCUGGAACCAGAGUGAGGGUUGGGAACACUGAUGCUGAAGGGCGUAUGGCAAUGGCUGAUGCAAUUCACCAUAUGAAACAGAGGGUAACCUCUUUUUCUUGCAGAUACAUUUGUGUUUUCAUGUUUAUUCUCAGCUUAAGGCUUUUACAGUAUAAGUUGAAGAACUGUAAUGCUCAGUGGAGGUUGAGUGUCUGGGAUAUCGAGGGACUUUCACUUUUGUCACAGCGCCCAUGGCUGGUUAAUCCAAUUGCCUCCUAGCCAUGAAUCCCCACUCUUGACACCUGUCACACUGACUGGUCAAUGGAGAAACGUAAUAAGGGACAAAAAAUAAACAGAAGGGAGGAACCAAAAGGAUGAACCAUGCCUAUAGUGGCUACCACUGUACAACACAUGGAGGGCUAUGCAAACAAUUAAAGUAGACUGCACCUGUGUGCGCCUAUGUCACCAAACUGACCACUUAUUGAUAACAGAGAUGACACUCUUUGUUUUUAACUGGAUUUGUCUCACAACAUUUUGGGUUCUUUUAAUUCUUCCACAGGCUCUCAAUGAUGACAAGGUUCCACUUAAUAAGGCUCAUAUAGUAACCAUAGCAACCCUGACUGGACAUGCUAUAAUUGCAAUGGGUCCUGCCUACUCGGUAUGUCAUAAAACGUUUUGUCUUCAUCGUUAGAUGUUGUCAUUGUUAUCUUUGUUUAUUGUAGACAUUUUUGGUCUGUGAAAUACAAUAUGAUGUGGGACUUGCCAUAUGUUAAAUUAAAGUUUUAGGUUUUGGUCUGGCCUAGAAUCGAACUUUGGCAGGACAGGAAGGUACAUCACAAAGAGUUUUGGUGGUUUGAAAUUCACAGGGCUUAUAGAAUUGGUCAGGGAAAAAAAGUCAAAAUUAAUUUUGCAGGAUUGUGUGGGACAGAUUCCCGGAAAAAUUGGCCGAUUUUGCAGGAAUCUUCAGGGCAAACUUCACAUAAAAGCAAUCGGUUAAAAGUGGCUAAUUUUGUGGGAAUUUUCGGGACAAAUCAAUCGGUUUUGCGCUGAUCAGACCAGCGUUUUUAACAUUUUCUUAACAGAGGUCAUCAUUUGCUCUUUCAACAACAAUAUGCUCCAGAAAUGAACCAAUGGCAAAGUUAAAUGGCAAAGCCUUUAUUAAACAUCAAGGCUAGUGCCCAGUUUUUCACAACAUAAUCAACACCUGGUAGAUUUGGGACAUUGUUUGCUCCUUUCAGUGACAAAGCUUCAAGAUAAAUUUACAAGUUUACAGGAAGUAAACUUGCAAGUAAAGUUUCAAAAUAUGUUGUACAGAUGUGUAUUUGAUAAGAUUACUGGUGAAUCUUGUGGUAUUUUGCAAGUUUUGUGAAUUUUGCGGGAUUUUGAGGAUUUACCAGAAUUUCGCGACUCUGGGACCUCACGAAAUAUCAGAAGCCCUGAAUUCACCAUGUCUGUAUAAUCAAUUUUUAUAAAUAAUAGUUUUGUUUACCUAGCCUUGUUUACAUUAUAAUCAAAGUACAUUUCUUGUUAUUCUCCAUUAAUUUAACUGCUGUGAGUCACAACUCUAACUUACUUUGUUAUAUGCACAUCUGCUUUCCUGGAGCCAUACAUGUAAUAAUGUCAUUUAAUAAAGCAUCCUUUACUUUGUUUAAUAGAUUGUUGUUGACAACGGGCCUGCAGCUAAAGUGAAGUUUAGUCAGAAGAUCCAGGAAGGUACGUAGGGAUCUUGAAAAUUAAUAAAAAUUAUUUUUGUCUUAACAUCUCAGAGCUUUAAAUUUAGCACCAUUAAGUUGAGCUGUCCACACUGCCAAUUGCACUUAUGUUGGAGGUGAUGACAUUUCAAUAAAUUGCAGUGCAAAAAUUUACCAAGCUGAAUAUCAUUCUGAGUCUAGUUUGCAACUCACACUGGCUUUGAAAAAAACCUGGAUCAUCAACCCCUGUAAUAGGCUCGAUUACCAGCUGCUGUUCGGGGAAAUGAGCCCGCACUCAUCCCCCGAAAGAGCGGCUGGACGCGUGCGAUUUCCUUUGUUGGCUUAAGCCAAUCAUGUUACCGCCUGCAGAUUUUCGUCUGGCAAAGAUUGUCGCAGAAAUUAUCAAAUCAAAACGGAAAGUCCUCCCUUGAUCCAUCGCAUGGCGAAGUGAUUUCGACGGCCCGGAGACACUAGGCGAAAUUCUAGAGUCGGAAGGAACACAACGUUUUGUUCGAUUGUUUGUUGUGAACUUUUCUUUUAAUGAUCGUUGUUGGAGAGAUUUUUUCAAGGCGCUUUAGGUCUCGAUAACUUCGUUUGUUACACAUGUAACCGUCCACGUUUAUAUUUCACAGAGGAACAUUCAAUAUGCUUGAAAAUCUGUCUGGUAAAUCAGAAACUUUUCCAUUUAAUUUGGUCCGCUUCCAAGAAUCAGUCAGUUCGGACCCACAGAAGACGCAACCAAUAUUCGAAGAUCAAAGAAAAUUAACUACAUGUUGCUGUGUACAGAAGUGUACUGAAGAAUAUUUUUCACAAUGUAUGGAAACGUACUGAAACAGCUAUUUCGAAAGUCAUUUGGGUGGGUAAGGGAGCGCUUGAUGCAAUUUUGAGCCAAAUAAAUUAGAAAAUUGGGACCGGUUUCACUUCCAUUGACAUCGGAGACGCUUAAAUUAUCAAUUUUCCAAUUACAUCACAGACAAGGUCAACGGGUCACGCGUCCAGCCGUCUCUCUUCGGGGAGGAUCAAAGACCGGACCCGGGAGACGGCGGAAAUCGAGCCUACCCCUGUAACCGUCCAGGUUUUGUUGAUGCCUGGCUCAAAGUGCCUGGCAGGGAACCAGAGUGGUCAUGACAUAAUCCUCUCAAAACCUUUUUGCCUCCUUUUCAAAGUAAAGAAAAUCAAUAAAAAAUUAUUUAAUUCUUGUUUGUUGUAUUAUAAAGCUUGUUUGUCCUCGUCUCAAUUUUUGAUCUAAUUCUUGAAAUGUCCUUGAAAAUGUUGAUGUAUUAAAUUUUGUUUGUUAGCUGGUCAUGACAUGGGUGACCCCUUUGAGGUAUCAACACUUCGCAGAGAGGUGAUUAUAUAUUACUUAAUAAUCAUGUCACUUAAAGGCUAAUAACAUACAAUAAUUAUAGUUUUUCUGCAACAGGAAGCGACAAUUUUAAAUACAGUCGACUUUUGCCUCGCGUACCCCUUGCUAUGACAAACAUCUCACUUAAAAUAAUAACAGCAUCUAAAUCUCUGGCAAAAAUUAUAGACGUUCGACUCAUCAUGUAGGAUGCAAUACUUAUCUUACUCAGGUUAUAACAUCACUGGAACUCUUACAAAGAGUUGCUGUGAUAUCAUAAUAUAAUUAUCGCUAAUUUCUUUACCCAGUCAUUAGCAUAUUCCAGAGAUUUAACCGAGGGUCCUUUUUGAUGCAAAUUUUAUCUUUUUGCUUGUGCACAUGCAUAUGAAACUUGAAAACAAUGCCAGUGAAUAAUGAGGACGCUCACUUGUAAACACAAAAAAUUAAUCUGGUGGGAGAAUUGGUUAUAUUUGAGGCCCUAUUUAAAAGCCUUCCCUGUUUUCAAUGUUCUUGAAACUUGCAGGGUAUUUUUAUUGACAAUUGAUCUCAGAAUUGUUAAAUUUAUAAAAAAAGAUUUAUCAAGUGGUUUUUUUGAAGAAUUCGAAAUUUGUAGGCAUGGACCAAAUUACGUGAAAAAGCUGUAUUAACAAAAGCAGCUGAAUGCAAGUUAAUAGAAUUCUUCUUACUCACAUAGCAAUUCCCCUCUUUUUUUGUACACAGUUUUCAAUGGAAUCAAACCACUAUGAGAUGAAGCCACGUUUCCAAAGCUUAUCAUUUUCCUGAAAUAUUAUUUAGCUAAUUGUGUGGAUAGCAAGCUAUUUCAUUAUUUUUAUGAUUCUUAAAACUUCGUUUUAAAAUAUUCUGAAAACGCUCUCAUAGAAUUUGUUCAAACUUUGCCAUAAUUGAGGCAAUAAUGGCAGGUUCAUGCUCCCUUUAAUAAGCAGUUUCUUAAAAAAAAACUCCUGGUACAGAGAAACUCAAAGAUAAAUAAAAAACGUAAUGGCAUCGUUAUGUUGCCAUGGCGACUCUGAUUGCAAUUAAACCCAGAUCGUAAGAAAUUUUUGUCUUUAUAAUAUAAUACAGUUGUAGUAGCCUUUUUCCAUAUAUCUUUACUCAUGCCGACGUAGUUAAUGUUCAGACUUGGGAGGUAUCCCCCCUAAAAAAUGCAGUUUAGCCAUCUUAAGGAGGGUUUCACAUGCUCAACAUGUUUGUUAGACUCUUGUGUAAAGUGUAAACCAAUCACAGGGUAUACCAGGAGUUGGUAUACUAGAAUGAGGUAUUGAAAACAAUGUUUGCAGGCUCCACUUUUCCAUCUCUCCCCAGCCCCCACAGUUCUCAAUCCCCUUUCCUUGGAGCCUGCUGGAACAGGCAUUAUGAACUUACAAACAGGUGUUUUGGUCUAAUUUUGUACAGCAAAACUCCGCUAAUGGACACUGAGUGGGUCAUAGAAGUGUCCACAUUAAGUGAGUUGAAUUUACAGAAAAUGUCAAAGGACUGUCUUUCCCUAAGGAGAAAGUAAACUGUCCUUAAUAAUAAUGAGGUGUCCAUAUUAGGUGGGUGUCCAUAAAGUGGGGGUUAAUGUUGACUGUUAUAAUAAAAAAAAUUAUAAUGAACCUGUAAAGCUGGUCAUCUUUGAUCAUUUAGACAGCAGCAACAUUAUUACACCUUCUGCUUUCCUCAUUCUACUUGAUGAGCAAUUGAAAUGAUUAAUUUUGUUGACCAUUUUUUUAGGACUAUGAGUUUACAAAUGCCAAGUCAGAAUAUGCAGAUGUGUUGCAGUGUAACAAUGUACCAUCCAGUGGGACUCCACGUGGGCAUCAGUUUCCUGCCGCCUUUCUUAUAAGAGCAGCUGGAUUGGACAAGGUUAUUAACACAUUUUAACUGUAUUUGAUGAAUAAUGUAAUAAUGGAGUGCCAAAUGGAAGUGUUUCAGUGUACUUCGCAAGACAUGCUGACCCUCCAAGGGCUUUUUAGUCUCCCAUGCAGACCUUUUUAGGGCUCUGUCACACAUUUUUAAAAUCCCUGAGGCCCAAAGAAAGUCUGGGUGGGGUGCAGGUAUGGAUAUUUUCUGGUACCACACAGUAAAAUAAGCACCUUAACUCAAGUUAGUGCCUCCUCGUUCCUGGGUGCUAAAAAGAGCUUGCUGUUUAAUGUUUCCUGAAUUGUGGGGAAAAAGACAACUAAAAGCUUAGCUUACUACAGUGUUGAUGGGGUUUAAGAAGCAGAGAAAACCUCCACUGACCCACACACAGGUAAUGUUUUACUCGACCAGGAUGUCACUCACCAUAAUAUUAUGAAAACAAGAUUUAAAGUCACCCGAGUAUCAGGUGUGUCUGGGGGAAAUCUCCCCCCUACCCCCUUGCCCCAACCCCUAACGAAGGCCUACUACUUAGGCUAAAUUUACAGCUGUAAGCUGUUUCACCUUGCAAACAAUCUUGGAAAAAUAGGCCAGAAGGGACAGUAGCCAGAACUGAAAUAUGAAAUAUUUAAUUUAUUAUUUUAGCAUGGUACUGACUCCACCAAACCCAUUCGCUACUCCCAUUUUGACAUUGGUGGAUCAAGUGGUGAUUUUCCUCUCGUCCCAACUGGAGCUCCAUUGGUUGCCAUGGUUUCACACUUCUUGAAAGACCAUUGCUAAACAAAAGGCCCUUUGAAGUAACUGAAUUCACUUUAAAAUUAAACAGGCCACUGGGUAUUAUAAAAAGCUUUUCGCAGCUGUAGGUGUUUCUCUUUUUUUUGGUAACAAGGGCAAGGAGUUUCGUCAGAUUACAAGUAAGGGUAGUUUUGUUAAGAUUACAUUGAUAUUCAGAGAGUAGAUGAAUAAGAUGGGCUACCCUUUUAUAAUAGGUAUUUUCUAUGGAAUUGAAUAGAUAAUUUAUGACAAUGACACAAAAAUCUUGCAGUUAAGAAAAGGACAAUGAAAGGUGUAAUAAAAAUUAUAUUGGUGACAGGAGUUUGGUAAUAAUUUAUUGUAGGACAUUCUUUUGAUCAUUGUUUCUAUUAAUAAACAGGGCGUGGCUACUAAAUAAUGCUUCCAUGAGCUUUUGCAGAUUAAGUACAGGUCACAAGACUGAACAAAAUAAUAAGGUUUACUAUAGGUAUUUUUAUUGUUAAUGUGAGCAAUUCUACAUUUUAUGACUGUAGUCCAAGUGGCAA